AUCAUCUCCAUCACCCACCAACAACACCACAAUAAUCCACAGCCAAGAGCCCAUCAUGCAGACAUCAGAGACUGGGUCGGACACAGGUUCCACAGUGACUUUGCAGACGUCCGUGGCCAGUCAAGCAGCGGUGCCUACACAGGUGGUGCAGCAGGUGCCCGUGCAGCAACAGGUACAGCAGGUCCAGACUGUGCAACAGGUGCAGCACGUUUACCCAGCUCAGGUGCAGUAUGUGGAAGGAAGUGACACCGUCUACACCAAUGGAGCAAUCCGAACAACAACAUACCCUUACACCGAAACACAGAUGUACAGCCAGAACACUGGAGGGAAUUACUUUGAUACUCAAGGAAGUUCUGCCCAGGUGACGACCGUGGUCUCCUCCCACAGCAUGGUGGGCACUGGUGGGAUCCAGAUGGGCGUCACGGGAGGCCAGCUCAUCAGCAGCUCGGGAGGAACCUACCUGAUCGGCAACUCCAUGGAGAAUUCAGGGCACGCAGUGACACACACCACUCGGGCCUCCCCUGCGACAAUUGAAAUGGCGAUUGAGACGCUGCAAAAGUCUGACGGUCUGUCCACUCACAGAAGCUCUCUGCUCAACAGCCAUCUCCAGUGGCUGCUGGACAAUUAUGAGACAGCCGAAGGAGUGAGCCUUCCCAGAAGCACCUUGUACAACCACUACCUUCGACACUGUCAGGAACAUAAACUGGACCCGGUCAACGCUGCCUCUUUCGGAAAACUGAUAAGGUCCAUUUUUAUGGGGCUUCGGACCAGAAGAUUGGGCACUAGAGGAAACUCCAAGUACCAUUAUUAUGGGAUUCGUGUGAAGCCGGACUCCCCUCUUAAUCGUCUGCAAGAAGAUAUGCAGUAUAUGGCCAUGCGACAACAACCCAUGCAGCAGAAGCAAAGGUACAAGCCUAUGCAGAAAGUGGAUGGAGUCACAGAUGGUUUCACAGGAAGUGGUCAACAGACAGGCACAUCUGUUGAGCAAACUGUAAUUGCCCAAAGUCAACAUCAUCAGCAGUUUUUAGAUGCAUCGCGAGCCCUUCCAGAGUUUGGAGAAGUCGAAAUCUCUUCCCUGCCAGAUGGUACUACCUUUGAGGAUAUCAAGUCACUGCAGAGUCUUUACCGUGAGCACUGUGAGGCGAUAUUGGACGUUGUCGUGAAUCUUCAGUUUAGCCUGAUAGAAAAAUUGUGGCAAACAUUCUGGCGCUAUUCUCCCACAACUCCAGCUGACGGCACUACCAUUACUGAAUCAAGCAAUCUGAGUGAAAUAGAAAGUCGACUUCCGAAAGCCAAGCUCAUCACUCUGUGCAGGCAUGAGUCUGUCCUCAAGUGGAUGUGUAACUGUGACCACGGGAUGUACCAGGCUCUGGUGGAGAUCCUCAUCCCCGACGUCCUUAGACCUAUUCCUAGUGCCUUGACCCAAGCCAUUCGAAAUUUUGCGAAAAGCCUUGAAGGUUGGCUUUCCAAUGCCAUGAACAACAUUCCCCAGAGAAUGAUACAAACCAAGGUCGCCGCUGUAAGUGCCUUUGCCCAGACUCUGCGCAGGUACACGUCUCUCAACCACCUGGCCCAGGCAGCUCGCGCCGUGCUUCAGAACACGUCCCAGAUCAACCAGAUGCUCAACGACCUCAACCGGGUGGACUUCGCCAACGUUCAGGAGCAGGCUUCCUGGGUGUGUCAGUGUGACGACAACAUGGUUCAGAGACUAGAAACAGACUUCAAGAUGACGCUUCAGCAGCAGAGCACUCUGGAGCAGUGGGCUGCGUGGCUUGACAAUGUGAUGAUGCAAGCAUUGAAACCCUACGAAGGAAGACCCAGUUUUCCAAAAGCUGCCAGGCAAUUUCUGCUAAAAUGGUCUUUCUACAGCUCAAUGGUUAUUCGGGACUUAACCUUACGCAGCGCCGCUAGCUUUGGCUCCUUCCACCUUAUCCGUCUACUCUACGACGAAUACAUGUUCUACUUGGUAGAGCAUCGUGUCGCUCAGGCAACUGGAGAGACACCUAUAGCAGUCAUGGGCGAGUUUGGUGAUUUAAACGCCGUGUCUCCUGGAAAUCUGGAUAAAGAUGAAGGCAGUGAAGUGGAGAGUGAGAUGGACGAAGAACUGGAUGAUUCUUCAGAGCCUCAAGCCAAAAGAGAGAAGACGGAGCUAAGCCAGGCCUUCCCUGUGGGCUGCAUGCAGCCGGUGCUGGAGAGCAGCGUGCAGCCCAGCCUCCUGAACCCCAUCCACAGCGAGCACAUUGUCUCCAGCACUCAGACUAUCCGACAGUGCAGUGCCACGGGAAACACCUACACCGCAGUCUAGGGGACAGGCCAGCGUGUUCUUCUAGCUUGCAUUAGCCCUGCUGAUACCCGGCUUAAGUUGAAACGUGAAUAAGCCUGAAGGUGGACUGUUGUCAAGUUCUGUCUGUACU